UGGGCGGGGCUGCGUAGCUGUACGGGACUAGUGGACUUGAUCCCUUAUGUUUUAACCGUUUAUAUGUGCGAAUACAGGCCAAGGCUCGCCACAGAUCAAACUUGAGUCUUCUUCUGGAGCACUAAAGUCAUGGCAGCGAACAAGAGCAAAGGUCAGAGUUCGCUGGUUCUGCACAAGGUGAUCAUGGUGGGCAGCGGCGGCGUGGGCAAAUCAGCUCUAACGCUGCAGUUCAUGUAUGACGAGUUUGUGGAGGACUACGAGCCCACCAAGGCCGACAGUUACCGGAAGAAGGUGGUCCUGGAUGGAGAGGAGGUGCAGAUUGAUAUUUUGGACACGGCGGGGCAGGAAGACUACGCCGCCAUCAGGGACAACUACUUCCGCAGCGGAGAGGGCUUCCUUCUGGUCUUCUCCAUCACCGAGCCCGAGUCCUUCAGCGCCACGUCAGACUUCAGGGAGCAGAUCCUGAGAGUGAAAGCGGAGGAUGAUAAAAUCCCUCUGUUAUUGGUGGGGAAUAAGUCUGAUUUGGAGGACAGGAGGCAGGUGUCUGCGGACGAGGCUCGGACCAAAGCGGACGAGUGGUCUGUCCAGUAUGUGGAAACAUCAGCCAAAACCAGAGCGAACGUCGAUAAGGUCUUCUUUGAUCUGAUGAGGGAGGUGCGGGCGAAGAAGAUGUCCGAGAACAAGGAGAAGAACGGGAAGAAGAGCGGCAAGAAGAAGAAGAGCUUGAAAGAGAGAUGCACGCUGCUUUGAGCCGCACAAAUGCUUGAUUCAAGCUUUCCUGUCCUGGACUGAGCCGUUCUUCUGGUGAUGAGGAGACAUGAUCUUCCUCCUCCAGAGUUUUUCUUGCCAAAUACAAUCAAACCAGAACCUUAAGCCACUGUGCCGACCUCAACUACAAGGCGUCCACAUCUUUAAAGGACUUUUUAUAGGUUUCUACCGUUGCCGUAAUAUCAAAUCGGUAGCGAAACUCUAAUCUGUGAAAUGUGUGUGCUUUGUAACUUUCCAAAAGUAUUUUUUUACUUUCAAACAGAAGGAAUAAUCAUUAUGCUGCAUCACUGGGAAUGAAUGCACAUUCAUGAAACAGGAAUAGAAUCAAUUUUUAAGUAAAUUGUUGCAUAGAAUUAAAUCUGACAAUUUGCAGCAAACUAUUUAGAAAUGAAUUCUGCUUCUGUUUCAUGAAUUUCUUUUUUCACUAUGUCACACAUACAUGUAAAUCUUUUUUGCUAAAUACUCUUAUUUUAUCGGCCUUUCCCCAAAGAAUGGGCAACAGACAUAUGCAAUAUUUUGUGUGUUUUGAAUGCAUUAUAAUGCAGCUUAACACAGCUGAGGAAGGUGAAUGGACUCACCAAAGCUCACCAAAUGUGUCACUUUUAUUAUAAAAUGGACACACAAUUGAAAUUAUGAUAUUUUUGUAAUCCAACCACUUUAUUGAUUUCUCUGCCUGGUGAUUAUAGACCAAAUAA